GGGACCAGCCAACACCAUUUUUUGAGCUUAACUCCUUAUUACCGAUCAACCAUGAGCUCCCAGAUUCAUCAGAAUUAUUCCACCGAGGUGUAGGCCACCGACAACCACCUGGUCAACAUGCGUCUGCAGGCCUCCUACACCUACCUCUCUCUGGGCUUCUAUUUUGACCUCGACGAUGUGGCUCUGGAGGGCGUGGGCCACUUUUCCCGCGAAUUGACCAAAGAGAAGCGUGAGGGCACCGAGUGUCUCUUGAAAAGGCAAAACCAGCGCAGCGGCCGUGCCGUCUUCCAGAACGUGCAGAAGCCAUCUCAGGAUGAGUGGGGUAAAACCCAGGAUGCUAUGGAAGCCGCCAUUAACACGAAGAAGAGCCUGAACCAGGCCCUUUUGGAUCUGCAUGCCCUGGGUUCUGCCCGCGCAAACCCACAUUUCUGCAACUUCCUGGAGAGCCACUUCCUAGAUGAGGCGGUGAAACUCAUUAAGAUGAUAGGUGACCACCUGACCAACUUCUGCAGGCUGGCUGGUCCCCAGGCUGGGCUGGGUGAGUAUCUCUUCGAAAGGCUCACCGUCAAGUAUGACUAGGAACCUCUGGAGCCCAGUGGCCUUU